AUGGCCAGGACAUCCGAUGUGGAAGAUCUUCCCAAACGCUUUGUUCAGAAUCAGGUGAGUGACACCGGCGAGGCAUUGGCUUGGGACAAGGUCAAGAAGCUGCGUGUGAAACAGUCUAGCGCAGACAACCCUAUCCAUUUGAAGCAAAUCGAGAUCUAUGGCUGCGAUGGCAUCAACCAUGCGCUUCAAGCAAAUGGAGGUACUGCAUGCCAAUCCUCUAUGCAUGGCCCUGGAGGUGCCUACGGACCGGCUGAGCUGGUCAUUGACGGCAAGCGUACUGGUUCUGUGAAUCACACAGCGCAUGCAGACAAUGGCUGGCUAGAGGUAGAGCUGGCAAGACCUACUUGCGUGGAAAGCUUCGCCAUCUUCAACAUGUUCGACGACGAGUGGGAGCACCGGAUGCGGCUAUGUGGCCACACUGUGGAGCUGUUGGACGAAUCCGCUCGCGUCGUGUAUCAGCAGCUGAUCACCUUCGAAGAGGAUGCGGCUCUGUUUGAUCGUGACAGAAACUGUCGGCAACUCUGGGUGAAUGAGGACGCCCAACCCGUGGUUGUGAACUUGCACAUCGAAAAAUGUAAGGAAGCUGCGGGUCAGGCAAAGGUCACUGCAACCCAAAUGAGUGGCAAACACCUCGCAACAGUUUCGCUGGAGUUGGGAAUCCCAUUUUUUGCGCGGACGCUUUGCUACAGCCUCCAGAAAGAAGCGGGCAUACCGGCCCACAGCCUGCGAUUGCUGCUGCCCGACGGGCGCUUGAUGAGAUUGAAUGGCAAAGACGACAGCAGUCUGGCGGAAUUGCUCCCAGAUAUCGUUGCCGAAGGUAACGAGGCGUAA